AUGGCGAUGCUUCGAAUAAGAUAUCCAUUUGCCGGAGCUUUUGCUGCCCUCUUCCUACUAUCAGCCUACAUAGGCAUCUUACCUCAUAGCACCACCUCAAAAGAAGGAGAACUUCCAGCCCUAUCACCCCUACGAAUUAACGAUAAAGUCUUACAUGUGGUCACCUUCUUCCUCCUCUCUCUCGCAUUCUACUGGAUUUUAGACACCACCCGUCGAAGAACACUCCAUCUAACGCUCGUCGUCUGCACGCUGGUCCUAGGAAUAGGAUCGGAGAUAGCACAAUUUCUCAUUCCUAAUGGCCGCCCCUUCGACCCCCUUGAGGUUCUGGCGAAUGUUGUUGGGAGUCUUGGGGCUAUAGGGUUAUGUACCUGGUACCACAAACGGAUGCUUGAGAGAAGGAGGAAGGCAAGAUUCGGAGCUCUGAUGGGGAAUACCGAAAAUGACGUUGAGCUUGGCUUGGCUAAUGGUACGGGGGAGCAAGAAACGGGCGUCACGAACGUUCAGUCGCUUGAAGAGGAGGUUGAUAACUGGGAUGAGAAUGCGGAGGAUAAUUGGGAUGAUGCUGAGGAUAUUGGGGAUUCCGGACUUACUGCCAGUGAUUCCGGAGGAGACUUGGGUGGAAAGCCUUCGCUUAACGGCGUGGGACAGGCCGACGAGAAUGACCAUAAGAAUUAA